AUGUCCAUGAUUCCUCUUAGUUGCCCUGGAGGUGACAUCGGCCCGACUACCGAUGUUGCUCAUCCCGAAUGUGACGACAGCCUGAACGCCGCCGUGUCCGCUUCGGACAAGUGCGGGCUUCUCCAAGAUAGCGCCGGUCCGUUCGCCGUGGGACAUGGUCAGGUGGAUCCUUCUGGUGCCUUUGAGGACUGCGUCUGGGACAUGUGCGCCCGGGACGGAGACAUCCUGGGCCUGUGCGAGAAUCUGGAGGCAUACGCGGACGCCUCUCGGGACGCCGGGGUGGGGGCCUUUGCUUGGCGGACGGCAGAUCGCUGUCCUUUGGAGUGUCCAGAAAACAGCGCGUACUCUACGUGCACAAGCGCCUGCCCGGCGACCUGCACGACCAGCGCUCCAGAAAGCUGUUCCCGCGGCUGUGUAGAAGGCUGUGAGUGCGAUGAAGGCUUCGUCCUCAGUGGGCUUGCCUGUGUGCCACAAGAGGAGUGUGGGUGCACUGACGACCAAGGGCGUUACUACGUGCUUGAAGAGAGCUGGGAAGAGGAUGGUGAAAACUGCGCUUGUAGAGAAGGCGGCAGUAUCGUCUGUGAAGAAGAGAGCUCCGAGAGUCCUGAAUUAGAAGAGAGCUCCGAGAGUCCUGCAUCAGAACAGAGCUCAGAGAGUCCUGAAUCAGAACAGAGCUCACAGAGUCCUGAGAGUGCUGGAUCGGAAGAGAGCUCCGAGAGUCCUGAAUCACAAGUAAGCGCGGGAAUAGCGGAAGCAGAAGAGACAGUCCAAAGUCCCGAUGCAGAAGAGAGCUCCGAAACUACUGCAGCAGAAGAGAGCUCCGAGAGUCCUAAAGAAGAUAACUCCGAAAUUCUGGAAGCAACAGAGAGCGCCGGGAGUGCGGAAGCAGAAGAUACUGCCCAGAGUCCUGUAACACAUGAGAGCUCUGAGAGUUCUGAAGCAGAAGAGAGCUCUGAGAGUCCGGAUUCAGAAGAGAGCUCCGAGAGUGAUGAAUCACAAGACAGCACCGAGAGUCCAGAUGCACCAGAGAGCGCCGGUGAUGCGGAAGCAGAAGAUACUGCCCAGAGUCCUGUAGAUGAGGGCUCCGAGAGUACUGAAUCAGAAGAGAGCUCUGAGAGUCCUGAAGCAGAAGAGAGCUCUGAGAGUCCGGAUUCAGAAGAGAGCUCCGAGAGUCCUGAAUCACAAGACAGCACCGAGAGUCCAGAUGCACCAGAGAGCGCCGGUGAUGCGGAAGCAGAAGAUACUGCCCAGAGUCCUGUAGAUGAGAGCUCCGAGAGUACUGAAUCAGAAGAGAGCUCUGAGAGUCCUGAAUCAAAAGAGAGCUCCGAGAAUUCUGAAUCAGAAGAGAGCUCCGAGAGUCCUGAAUCACAAGACAGCACCGAGAGUCCAGAUGCACCAGAGAGCACCGGUGAUGCGGAAGCAGAAGAUACUGCCCAGAGUCCUGUAGAUGAGAGCUCCGAGAGUACUGAAUCAGAAGAGAGCUCUGAGAGUCCUGAAUCAGAAGAGAGCUCCGAGAAUUCUGAAUCAGAAGAGAGCUCCGAGAGUCUUGAAUCACAAGACAGCUCCGAGAGUCCUGAAUCACAAGACAGCUCCGAGAGUCCGGAUGCACCAGAGAGCGCCGGUAGUGCGGAAUCAGAUGAUACAGUCCAGAGUCCUGUAGCAGAUGAGAGCUCAGAAAGUCCAGAAACAGAAGAGAGCUCUGAGAGUCCGGAUUCAGCAGAAAGCCCCGACAGUGUGGCAUCAGAUGAGAGCUCCGAGAGUACUGAAUCAGAAGAGAGCUCAGACAGAGCGGCAUCAGAAGAGAGCUCCGAGAGUCCUGAAUCACAAGACAGCCCCGAGAGUCCUGAAUCACAAGACAGCUCCGAGAGUCCGGAUGCACCAGAGAGCGCCGGUAGUGCGGAAGCAGAAGAUACAGUCCAGAGUCCUGUAGCAGAUGAGAGCUCAGAAAGUCCAGAAUCAGAAGAGAGCUCUGAGAGUUCUGAAGCAAAAGAGAGCUCUGAGAACAGCUCCGAGAGUCCGGAAGCACCAGAGAGUGCCGGUGAUACGGAAGCAGAAGAUACAGUCCAGAGUCCUGUAGACGAUGAGAGCUCACAAAGUCCUGAAUCAGAAGAGAGCUUUGAGGGUUCUGAAGCAAAAGAGAGCUCCGAGAGUCCGGAAUCAGAAGACAGCUCUAAGAGUCCUGAAUCUCAAGUGAGCUCAGAGAGUCCUGAAUCUCAAGUGAGCUCAGAGAGUUCUGAAUCACAAGUGAGCUCCGAGAGUCCUGAAUCACAAGUGAGCUCUGAGAGUCCUGAAUCACAAGAGAGUUCUGAGAAUGCCGAAUCACCAAGUCGCCCCGGGAAUGCUGGAUCACAAGUCAGCCCUGAGAGUCCGGAAUCACAAGAGAGCUCCGAAAGUCCUGAAUCUCAAGUGAGCUCAGAGAGUCCUGAAUCACAAGACAGCUCCGACAGUCCUGAAUCACAAGAUAGCUCAGAGAGUCCUGAAUCACAAGACAGUUCAGAGAGUCCUGAAUCACAAGAUAGCUCAGAGAGUCCUGAAUCACAAGACAGCUCCGAGAGUCCGGAUGCACCAGAGAGCGACGGUAGUGCGGAAGCAGAAGAUACAGCCCAAAGUCCUGUAGCAGAUGAGAGCUCUGAGAGUUCUGAACCAAAAGAGAGCGCUGAGGGUCCGGAAUUAGAAGAGAGCUCCGACAGUGCGGCAUCAGAAGAGAGCUCCGAGAGUCCUGAAUCACAACACAGCUCCGAGAGUCCAGAAGCACCAGAGAGCUCCGGGAGUCCUGACUCAGAAGAGAGUUCUGAGAAUGCCGAAUCACAAGGUCGCCCCGGGAAUGCUGGAUCAGUGAGCCCUGAGAGUCCUGAAUCACAAGAGAGCUCCGAAAGUCCUGAAUCUCAAGUGAGCUCCGAGAGUCCUGAAUCAGAAGAUAGCUCCAAGAGUCCUGAAUCACAAGUGAGCUCCGAGAACAGCUCCGAGAUUCCUGAAUCACAAGACAGGUCCGAGAGUGCUGAUGCACCAGAGAGCGCCGGAAGUGCGGAAGCAGAAGAUACAGUCCAGAGUCCUGUAGCAGAAGAGAGCUCCGAGAGUCCUGAAUCAGAAGGGAGCUCCGAGAAUCCUGAAUCACAAGAGACCUCCGAGAGUCCUGAAUCACAAGACAGCUCCGAGAGUCCUGAAUCUCAAGUGAGCUCCGAGAGUCCGGAUGCACAAGAGAGCGCCGGUGAUGCGGAAGCAGAAGAUACUGCCCAAAGUCCUGUAGCAGAUGAGAGCUCUGAGAGUUCUGAAGCAAAAGAGAGCUCUGAGAGUCCGGAAUUAGAAGAGAGCUCCGACAGUGCGGCAUCAGAAGACAGCUCCGAGAGUCCUGAAUCACAAGACAGUUCUGAGAGUCCUGAAUCACAAGACAGCUCCGAGAGUCCAGAACCACCAGAGAGCUCCGGGAGUCCUGACUCAGAAGAGAGUUCUGAGAAUGCCGAAUCACAAGGUCGCCCUGGGAAUGCUGGAUCACAAGUGAGCCCUGAGAGUCCUGAGUCACAAGAGAGCCCUGAGAGUCCUGAGUCACAAGAGAGCUCCGAGAGUCCUGAAUCAGAAGAGACCCCAGAGAGUCCUGAAUCAGAAGAGACCCCCGAGAGUCCUGAAUCAGAAGAGGCCCCCGAGAGUCCUGAAUCAGAAGAGACCCCAGAGAGUCCUGAAUCAGAAGAGACCCCCGAGAGUCCUGAAUCAGAAGAGGCCCCCGAGAGUCCUGAAUCAGAAGAGACCCCAGAGAGUCCUGAAUCAGAAGAGACCCCCGAGAGUCCUGAAUCAGAAGAGGCCCCCGAGAGUCCUGAAUCAGAAGAGACCCCCGAGAGUCCGGAAUCACAAGAGAGCUCCGAGAGUCCUGAGUCACAAGAGAGCCCCGAGGGUCCUAAAUCACAUGAGACCUUCGGGAGUCCUGAAUCAGAAGAGAGUUCUGAGAAUGCCGAAUCACAAGGACGCCCCGGGAAUGCUGGAUCACAAGGUAGCUUCGAGAGUCCUGAGUCAGAAGAGAGCUCCGAGAGUCCUGAAUCGGAAAACAGCUCCGAGAGUCCUGAAUCAAAAGAAAGCUCCGAGAGUCCUGAAUCAAACGAGAGUUCCGAGAGUCCUGAAUCAAAUGAAAGCUCCGAGAGUCCUGAAUCACAAGAGAGUUCCGAGAAUGCUGAAUCACAAGGCCAAGGGCGCCCCGAGAAUGCUGGUCCACAAAACAACCCUGAGAAUCCUGAAUCAGAAGAGAGCUCAGAGAGUCCUGAAUCAGAUGAAAUCUCCGAGAGCUUGGAUUUGGAAGAGAAAUUUGAGAGUGCUACAGAGGUUGAAGAAGCCGCCGAUGAUGAUGGCAGUCCUGGAAUGUGCGACCUGAACCCCUGUUAUAACGGGGCUGCAUAUAUUGAUGACUGCGACCCUAACCCUUGUCAGAACGGAGGAGCCUGUACUGACGGUGUGGCUUCCUACACUUGUGAAUGUGCGGCUGGAUUCGAGGGAGAUCAGUGUGAAAUCAAUGUCGACGACUGUGACCCGAACCCAUGUUAUAACGGGGCCGCAUGUACAGACGGAGACGAUGCCUUCACCUGCACAUGCCUGCCGGGAUACACUGGGGAAUGGUGUGGAGAAGAUAUUGACGAGUGCGACCCUAACCCAUGUCAGAACGGAGGAGCCUGUACUGACGGUGUGGCUUCGUACACUUGUGAAUGUGCGGCAGGUUUCGAUGGAGAUCAGUGUGAAAACAAUAUUGAUGACUGCGACCCUAACCCAUGUCAAAACGGAGCAGCCUGUACUGACGGUGUGGCUUCGUACACUUGUGAAUGUGCAUCUGGAUUUGAAGGGGAUCAGUGUGAAGCAGGUACGUAA